GAGUGCGGGAAAAGCUUCAAUCAGAGCUCUGCCCUUAUCAGACAUCAGACAAUCCACAUGAGUAAGAAACCUUAUGAAUGUUCUGAGUGUGGGAAAUGCUUCAUUUAUCAUUCAGCCCUCAUCUUACAUCAGAGAAUCCACACAGGAGAGAGGCCCUACACAUGCUCUGCGUGUGGGAAAAGCUUUAAUUGGAGCUCACACUUUCUUACACAUCAGAGAAUCCACACAGGGGAGAAGCCCUACACAUGCGCUGAGUGCGGGAAAAGCUUCAAUCAGAACUCAGACCUUAUCAGACAUCAGAGAAUCCACACAGGGGAGACGCCCUACACAUGCUCUGAGUGCGGGAAAAGCUUCAGUCAGAACUCAGACCUUGUCAGACAUCAGAGAAUCCACACAGGGGAAACUCCCUACACAUGCUCUGAGUGCUGGAAAAGCUUCAGUCAGCACUCAGACCUUAUCAGACAUCAGAGAAUCCACACUGGGGAGACGCCCUACACAUGCUCUGAGUGCGGGAAAAGCUUCAGUCAGAACUCAGACCUUAUCAGACAUCAGAGAAUCCACUCUGGGGAGACGCCCUACACAUGCUCUGAGUGCGGGAAAAGCUUCAGUCAGAACUCAGACCUUAUCAGACAUCAGAGAAUCCACACCGGGGAGACGCCCUACACAUGCUCUGAGUGCGGGAAAAGCUUCAAUCGGAGCUCAAGCCUUAUCACACAUCAGAAAAUCCACACAGGGGAGAAGCCCUACACAUGCUCUGAGUGCAGGAAAAGCUUCAAUCGGAGCUCAAUCCUUAUCACACAUCAGAGAAUCCACACAGGGGAGACACCCUACACAUGCACUGACUGUAGGAAAAGUUUUAGUCGGCGCUCAGACCUUAUUACACAUCAGAGAAGCCACACAGGGGAGACACCCUACACAUGCUCAGAGUGCGGGAAAAGCUUCAGUCGGCCUUCAAACCUUAUUACACAUCAGAGAAUCCACACAGGGGAGACGCCCUACACAUGCUCUGAGUGCGGGAAAAGCUUCAAUCACAGCUCAAACUUUAUUAGACAUCAGAAAAUCCACACACAGGAGAUGCCCUACACAUGCUCUGAGUGCAGGAAAAGCUUCAAUCAGAGCUCCACCCUUAUUAGACAUCAGAAAAUCCACAUGAGAGAGAAUUGUAAUAAAUACCUUGACUAGGGCUGCGCAAAAUAAAAAUAAAAAAUCACA